AUGGAGAAACGUUGCUGCAAAAUGAGGGCGCUGUGUUUGAACUUUGCCAUCACCUGUCUGUGGCUUCUCCCUUCAGCGGUCCAAGAAACAGCCAAACCCUUGGACUUUCAGAGCCCACAAUGGAGAGAGGAGGAAGAAGGAAGAGGUGACAGUGUAGGAGCUGCUUUGAAGGUUAAACAUAUCUCCAAAGAUUUACAGAUCAUCUCCACCAAGCACAAAACACCAGCUUACGGCUCCCUCGGCCCAUAUGGAUGGCCUCAGAACUUCUCACAAGCCCUGGACCAGUACUUGUACCGCCCUCCUCCCAAAUCCAAACCUCCCGCAAAAGCAUCCCCAAAGGCCAAGAAGAUUCUGGGCUGGGGCGAUUUUUACUUCAACGUGAAAACAGUGAAGUUCAGCCUCCUGGUGACGGGGAAAAUCGUGGACCACAUCAACGGCACAUUCAGCGUCUACUUCCGCCACAAUUCAUCCCGUCUGGGGAACAUAUCCGUCAGCAUCGUUCCACCCUCCAAAGCUGUAGGAUGGGAGGUUUUGGAUCCGGCGGCUCAACACGUUCACACCAAAAACUCAGUCUUGGUUCCAGAUCUGACAUCCCAGUUCCAGAGUCCACCUCAGUCCACCAGCUCCACCCCUCUGGACCAGCAGAAGCAGCAGCAGGACGUGAUGAUGGUGACCGAACUCAACUGCCGGAUUGAAUACCAGAGAACCAACCGGUCCAAGAAGACCAAGCCCUGCCUGUACGACCCGGGACAGACCUGCUACUCAGAAAACACCCAGUCCCAGGCAGCCUGGAUCUGCGCCAAACCCUUUAAGGUUAUAUGCAUCUUCAUCGCCUUCACUGGCACCGAUUACAGGCUGGUGCAGAAAGUCUGUCCAGACCACAACUUUCAGACUGAGCAGAACCAGCAGCACUUCGGAUGACAGAUUCUGACACGCUGAAACUGAGAUAGCAAACACUGACUUUUCAUACAUCCCUUAAAACCGUGUGUUUAAUUUAGGUUCAACAUGUUUUUAUACACCAUUAAAAAAACAUUUUCAACAUGUCAGUGAGCGCAGUUUGAGCCAGAACUUGUGUUAAUGUGUUAAUAGCAGCGCUUGUCUAUGAUGAGAUUUAUAACGUGAGCUUUGUGUUUGUCUGAAACUAUUCUCAUCUGC